UUAAGUUUGCGCCCAUGUUUGUGUGUGCGGGGGUGUAUUUUGUUAUCUUUUGGCGUGUUAGUGUAUCUUUAUGGAAAUCUGUGAAAUGGGUCUGUAUCAUUUGCUUCAGUUUCAGAUCCAUGGUGGAAAAGUAAACGGUUGUUCGGUCAAGGGUCUUUCUGCAGUUUGGCUGUGGUUUAUAAAUUAUUUGGUUCUUAGAUCUACAUAUUAAGGAGCUUUGAUUCAUGUGAUUUUGUUUCCCUGCUAUUGAUGAGGCUGGAAAUUCCGGGGUUUUGAGAUGACAUGGAUAUUGGCACGAAGGUGAUAUGGAUUGUCAGCUCCUCUAGAACAUUGGAUUUUCCUUUCCUCUAUUGGUUCUGAAAUUAAAGCAAUAGCCAAUAGGUUUUUAGAAGUCUGUACAAAGUUGAAGGUUUUGGGUUUUUCUUUUCCCUUGGCUAAAUCCAUUUAUCAUAGAAGUCUGUGUAAAGAACCUAGUUAGAGGUAGAAUUUUUCAUAGAAUUGAGUUCCUACGGCUGGCUAUAUGUUUGGCUACUUUCUGUUGCACAUUCUCCGUUUCUGGAUAGCUCAAUAAUCUUUGAAGCUUAAUUGGUCUAUCUUGGAGGAAUUAAAAGAAAUGGAAUCUGAGGCACUGGCUGCUCAUUAUCAACCAAAUAAACUUCAAAGACUUCUUUCCACUAUUGCGCCUGUGCUAUUGAUUGCAGUAGGAUAUGUGGACCCCGGCAAAUGGGCUGUGUUUGUUGAAGGAGGUGCCCGUUGUGGGGUCAAUUUGAUGAUUGUAUUACUUCUGUUUAAUUUAGGAGCAAUUUUGUGUCAGUACUUGUCAGCUCGUAUUGCAGUGGUUACAGGCAGAGAUCUUGCCCAGAUAUGCAGUGAGGAGUAUGACAAAGUUACAUGCAUAUUUCUUGGAGUUCAAGCUGAGAUUUCAGUUAUUGCAUUGGACCUCACAAUGGUUUUGGGCACUGCAUAUGGGCUAAAGGCUGUGUUUGGAUUUGACUUACUUAGUUGCAUCUUUCUGACAGCAACUAAUGCUGUUUUGUUGCCACUCAUUUCUUCUCUCGUAGAUAAUGGCAGUGCAAGAUUCCUAAGCAUUUGCUGGGCGAGCUUCAUACUACUUUCUUAUGUUAUUGGAAUGAUAAUAAGUCAACCCGAAAAUCCAAUAUCCAUGGACGGGAUGCUGACGAAAUUAAAUGGGGACAGUGCAUUUGCAUUGAUGAGUCUACUUGGAGCAAGUAUCAUGCCACACAAUUUUUACCUGCACUCUUCUAUUGUACAGCGAGAUCAGGGAUCAAAAAAGCUUUUGAAGGAAGCUCUGUGCAAUGACCAUUUUUUUGCCAUUGUUUGCAUUUUCAGUGGCAUUUUCCUGGUUAAUUAUGUGCUAGUGAAUUCGGCAGCUAGUGUUUUCUACAAUAGUACUAGUGGGAGUAGUGGCCUUGUUUUACUCACAUUUCAGGACGCAUUGUCAUUGCAUGAUCAGGUUUUUUGGAGUUCACUGGUAACAUUUGUAGUAGUGUUGGUCAUGUUUUUCUCCAAUCAAAUCACUGCACUCACUUGGGAUCUUGGUAAGCAAGCAGUAGUGCAUGAUUUGUUUGGAAUGGAGCUUCCGGGUUGGCUUCAUCACGUGACGGUCAGAAUUAUGGCAAUCGUGCCAGCUCUCUAUUGUGUUUGGACUUCAGGAGCCGAAGGCCUUUAUCAGAUGCUGAUAUGUACACAGGUUGGGGUAGCCCUUGUGCUUCCAUCUGCUGUUAUUCCCCUUUUCAGAGUCGCUUCAUCCCGAUCAAUAAUGGGCGCUCACAAGAUUUCGCCCCUCUCCGAGCUUUUGUCUCUGGGCACAUUCUUUGGCAUGCUUGGCCUCAAAAUCGUGUUUGUAACAGAGAUGGUAUUUGGAAAUAGUGAAUGGGUGAGCUAUUUGAAGUGGAAUAUUGGAAGCAGUGUAUCGGUUCCAUAUAUUGUCCUUCUCGUUGCUGCUUUUUCUUCGCUGGGGUUGAUGUUGUGGUUAGCCGCCACUCCGAUGAAAUCUGCAAGCUCCACAUUUGAUCCUCAGGCGUUAUAUUGGGACAUUCGAACUCCUGUGCCCGAGUCACCUCCAAUUGGGAAAAAAGUCGAUGCCAAUGAAUCUAGAUUUAAUUUAGAGCGGUCUACAAAUAGGCAGGAACCUACAUUACAGUUGGGUAAAUUGUUAGGGAGCCAUUCGAAUUUAUCAACUCCGUAUCCUGAACCGAACUUGCCAGAAACACUACCGGAUUUCGAGACAUUUCCUCAUCUCACUACCAUUGAUGAGAAUAAAUCUGAAAUAACUUUUGCAAACAAAUCUAAGUGUGAUCCAGAGCUAUCAAUAUCUGCAGGGGACACUGUUCCAAGGAACACUGUUUAUGAUGAUGUUUCAGCAGAAGAUAGCAGCAGCUUGACAUCUAAACCGGUAGAUGUUGUAGAGAAGACACUUCAUAUUGAAGGUGAUAAUCAUCAGAAUGACAAGGAUGAUGAAGGAGAUUCCUGGGUGCCAGAAGAGGUGACAAAAGAGGUAUCUGCAAAUAGUCAGUUUUCGAGUUUCGAGGGUCCUGGAUCAUUCAAGAGUAUCGGUGGAAAAAACGAUGAUAUCGGGAAUGGCACUGGAAGUUUAUCCAGAUUAGGACUUGGUCGUGCAGCAAGGCGGCACUUAACUGUAGUUCUCGAUGAGUUUUGGGGACAGUUGUUUGAUUCUCACGGGCAGGCCACUCAAGAAGCAAAGUCGAAGAAACUCGAUAUAUUGCUUGGCGUGGAGUCGAAGAUGGAUCCUAAACCUCCUUCUGGAUCCCUGAAAUUAGAAAGCAUUCGGAAGGAGUCUAAUGCAUAUUUAUCAUCUAUGAGUGUAAAAGGGUCCGGAGAUUUGUUGAUAAAUUCGAAUUUGUAUUCCCACAAGCAGCAAAUGGGAAACUUUGGUGAUGGAGCUCAGAAGGAUCCAUAUUCAUCGCAGUCUGCUCACUUGCAACUGUUAGAUGCAUAUGUACGAAGUUUAAGCCACGAUACUCUAGAAUCGGGUGAGAGGCGCUAUUCCAGCAUGCACAUUCCGACAUCAUCUUCAGGCUAUGAUCAACAACCUGCUACUAUUCAUGGGUAUGAACUUGCCUACCUUAAUCGAAUUGCUAAUGGAAGAACUGGUUAUUCGAAUGGUAAAGUGGAGUCACCGAUUCCAAAAUCCCAAAAUUUUACCUCAAAUUCUUCGGAGUUCUAUCCCUCUGCUUAUGGGCAGAAGCCACAGAGCAGCUUGAGUAGCAGGGCACCACCCGGGUUUGGAAAUGUUCCUACGUCUAGAAAUACUUCACUGCUGUCUGGAAAUAAUUUAAACGAUCUCAAUCCUUCUGGGAAUGCCGAGAACAUAGGUUGCACAGCAAGUGCAAAGAAAUUUCAUAGCUCGCCAGACAUCAAGAAACUCUAUGUCCCUAAUCGGGAAUCUUUGCUGCUCGAGAGAAGUUCAAUGGGGUAUGUGCAAUCUUCGGGGCGCUCACCGUAUGAACGUAGUAGCUAUUUGAGUCCUUCGCAGAGGGUUGGUGGUCCUCCGGGAUUUGAUCAACCUUCUCCUUCCAAAGCGUGUAGAGGUGCUAUUCCCUUACAGUUUAGUUCAAAUUCUGCAACGGGGUCGCUAUGGGCCAGACAGCCUUUCGAACGAUUUGGUGGCACUGCUAAGAGUGGCAAUAUUCGUGGUGAUCGUUUUGGAGCUAUGCAGAGUUCAUUUACUCGGGAAUCUGGAUUGAUGAUGGAGUUGGAGGCGAGGCUUCUUCAGUCCUUUAGGAGUUGUAUUGUGAAACUUCUGAAGCUCGAAGGGUCGGAAUGGUUGUUUAGGCUAGACGAUGGAGCGGAUGAGGAUCUCGUAUAUGGUGUUGCUACAAGGGAAAGAUUUUUGUAUGAAGCUGAAAUGAGAGAGAUUAAUGCAAUGGGGGAAUCACCUCCCAACAGGAAACCCUCGGGCUCUGCAUCAAAAACCGACGAGUUUGAUUGCACCAAGUUCUUGAUGACGUCCAUCCCGCAUUGUGGAGAAGGGUGCAUCUGGAAACUGGAUCUGAUUGUAAGCUUCGGGAUCUGGUGCAUUCACAGGAUUCUCGAGCUUUCACUUACGGAAAGCAGGCCCGAGCUCUGGGGGAAAUAUACCUUUGUACUCAAUCGUCUUCAGGGCAUAAUCGAUCUCGCAUUUUUCAAGCCCCAUUCGCCAAUGACUCCCUGUUUGUGCCUAGCGUUUCCGGUAGGCCAGCAACAAAGAUCAAACAUAUCAGCUCCAAACGGAAAUUUGCCCAUGCCUGCAAAACAGGGAUGGGGAAAAUGCACAACGGCACCAAUGCUCGUGGAAAAAAUCAAAGACAUCGAGAUCGCAAUCUCUAGUCGUAAAGGGCGUGCAGGCACAGCGGCCGGUGAUGUGGCUUUUCCCAAAGGAAAAGAAAACCUGGCAUCGGUGCUUAAACGGUACAAACGCAGAUUAUCAAACAAAGCAGUCGGGUUUCAAGAAUCGCGGAAUGUGCCACCUUCAACCCCUUACUAGAUUUUUUUGCUCAGUUCAUGGCAGCAGAGAUUGGAUGGAUCCAAGAUGCCAUCUGGGUUUUACUCUCUUUCUGCAACUCAUCUUCAAACAUGCAGAUUCUUCACUUGCUGUUCUGUUUCUCUAUCUAAUGUGUAUUUUGUAGUAGUUUCUUCAGUUUCAGUUUUCCUUUAAUUUGUACUUCAACCAGCAUGUAGCACAUACAUAGGAUACAAAUUGUACUCAGCUAUGUAAUUUGCAGCAGUCAAAGGAAAUUGGGAGAAAAUGUGGUAAAAAAAAAUUGUACAUUACCAUUUCAACUUUUGGUUUA